CGGCGACGCGUCGUGUGGAUUUUAUCUGUGUCUGCCUCUGUCGAUUUCGCAUGUUCCUUCGCGGAUUUUAAAUGAACACGUUUGGAAAAAAAAUGCGAGAACAUUGAAGUAAUGACGAAGCAAAAAGCUCGAUAGAGGUAUUAUCGCAAGAUAUCGAUCGGUGACAUUUUUUCUCUUACUAUGACGUGUUGGAAGAAAUAUGUGGGCAGGUGCAAUCUGGAUGUGUGUAAUACGUAGUAUUCAUCAUGCACAACUGCGUGAUGGAAUUAUUUGAUGAUGAAAGUAAAUUCGAAGCUUGAUAGCUUUGAAAUAAUAAAACUAUGGCAGCGGCACAAGAUACACCGGAGUCGGAUACCGGGAGUUUUGAGUGUUUCAGAAACUAUACAGCUCCAGAAGUAUUUGUACAAGGCCUAGCUGGCAUUGUUGACCAGCAGGAUGUAGAAUCUAUGAUACGUGCUCAAAAACAGAUGCUGCAAAGGUUUGAAAAAACUAAUGAGAUGUUGACCAAUUGUAAUCAAUUGUCGGUACACCGACUUAAAACAGCUGGCACUGAAUUCAAAAAGCACAUCACACUUUUAAUUGAGAUGAAGAAAGAUUUGGAUUAUAUUUUCAAAAGAAUUCGUUUAGUAAAGAAUAAAUUGAGUCAACAGUAUCCACAGGCAUUUAAUGAGGCAGUAAGAAGCAGUUUGGCGGAGGAAGUCAUUGUAGAGGAUGUUGAUUGCCCGGUAAAGCCUCUCGAACCGGAAAUUGUGCCAUUGCCAUCCGUUCAAGGUGCUGCCGAUCGAGAUCCCGAUUCAGAUGUGCCGGUCGAGGAGUUUCAGUUCGCGAAGCUGCGCAAACGGCGAAUAAAGAGUAACGACAGUUCGUCGACGGAGAGCAACAACGAUCACAGUAACGCCGACACGUCAUCCUGUACGUCCGACACCGGCUAAAAAAAAAGCCGAGCAAUAUAAAUGAGAGAAAGAGAGAGAUAGGGGAGGGAGAGAAAGAGAGAGAGAGUGAGAGCGAAUGAAAAUGUUUAUUAUAAUAAUGCCCCCCCUCUCCGUUUCUUCCCAUCCCCAAAAUCGGAUUCAUGCACCACACUCCGUGUUGCUUGCUAGUCAAACGAUCAAUCAAUCAAUCGGCAACGAGAGAAUCGGUAUAUCGAGAUCGAAGCUGUACACAUCAUAUCUCGAUAUCAUUGUGUAAGUUGCGGGCUUGUGAAUAUUGUCAAUGUGAGCAAAAUAAAUUCUUUGUACACACGGUA